AUGAAUGAACAGGUGUUUAAGGGGGACCCGGACACCCCUCAUUCCAUCUCCUUCUCCGGGAGCGGCUUCCUGUCCUUCUACCAGGCUGGGGCUGUGGAUGCCUUGCGGGACCUGGCCCCCCGGAUGCUGGACACAGCCCACCGCUUUGCGGGGACAUCAGCAGGAGCGGUGAUCGCAGCCCUGGUCACUUGUGGGAUUGAAAUGGACGAGUACCUCCGGGUCCUCAACGUGGGUGUGGCUGAGGUGAAGAAGUCCUUCCUGGGGCCCCUGUCCCCAUCCUGCAAGAUGGUGCAGAUGAUGAGGCAGUUCCUGUACCGUGUGCUGCCCGAGGACUCCUACAAGGCGGCCAAUGGCAAGCUGCAUGUCAGCCUCACCCGCUUCACCGACGGGGAGUGUGUGGUGGUCUCGGAGUACACGUCCAAGGAGGAGCUCAUUGAGGCCUUGUACUGCAGCUGCUUUGUCCCCGUCUACUGUGGCCUCAUCCCCCCGACUUACCGAGGUGUGCGGUACAUCGACGGCGGCUUCACAGACAUGCAGCCCUGCUCCUUCUGGACCGACUCUAUCACCAUCUCCACCUUCAGCGGGCAGCAGGACAUCUGUCCCCGAGAUUGCCCCGCCAUCUUCAAUGACUUCCGCCUGUUCAACUACUCCUUCCAGUUCUCCCUGGAGAACCUCGCGCGGAUGACCCACGCUCUCUUUCCCCCGGACCUGGUGAUCCUGCACGACUACUACUACCGAGGGUACGACGACACCGUGUUGUACCUGAAGCGGCUGAAUGCUACCUACCUCAAUUCUCCCUCCAAGAGAGUGAUUUUCCCCCGAGUAGAAGUUUACUGCCAAAUUGAACUUGCCCUUGGCCACGAGUGUCCUGAGCGCAGCCAGCUCAACCUCCACGUGCAGCAGGCCAGUCCGGAAGAACCCACAGGUCACCUGCAGUGGGCUCCUGAGGGAGAUGGAAAGGGUGGCCACGUGCCAUCCGUGUCCCCACCCGAGCUCACAAGUGAGAGGCCUGUGGAGUCACUUGUCCCACCACCCGUGUCUUCACCUGAAUCCCCACUGGCCUCAUCUCCAGCACAUUCUCCAACUGACUCACUGCCUGAGCCACCUGCAGCACCCCCAGAUGCCAACGUGACCCCCAGCUCAUCCCCUGGCUCGUCUCUACCUGUCACACCAACUGGGCUGGUACCUGUGUCAUCUCAGCAACAGGUCCAAACCCCUGAGUCACCACCCAGAUCCCCUACAUCCAGGUCAACCACAUCAGCCCUGCCAGCUCCAGGGUCCUCAGCUGUGGAGUCCUGCCAAGCACCACCCCGAGGUUCCCCUCCAGCACCACCUGCACAGCCAUCUGUGGAGGAACUGGGACCGGAACAGCCCCCAGGUAUGGAGGUUCUUGUGACAAGUGAGCCAAAAGGAAGGCAGGCUCUUGUCAAUUCCUCCCCUGCCUCUCCGACGAGUCCAGCGCGUCAGCCUCAGCCCAAGGACACCAUCAGCAAGGCCUGUGCACCGCACAGCCCUGCUGAGGACUCCCACUGGGUGAGCAAGAUAUUCAGGAAGAGCAAACCGAAGAUGAGUGGCACCAGAAGAGGCUGUCAAAGACUGCCACGGCCCAAAGAGCCCAGUGGCAGCGUGUGGUCAGCACCCUGUCCGCUCAGCCUCUCUCUGCUCUCUGCUUCUGAGACGGUUUGGAUCUCCUAUAGACCCCAUCCCAGCCAGACCCGAGAACACAGCCGUCCGGAGGAGGCUGGGAGCCGAGGGAAGAGAGCUGAGCUGCCACGGAGUAUGCCCGAGGCCCGGGGCUCAACCUCCCAUCCACGGCCCAUGGAUGGCUUUCUGGAGUGUGGGCCACUCAGGGCCCAGGAGGACCCUCGCUGCCUGUCCUGA